UUCUGACCUUCAUAAUUUGACUUCCUUGCACCUACUUACGCAGUUGCUUUGGUCUUGCUCGAGCUGCCCCAUUUGCAUCAUUCUUGGCGCGGACAAUCAACAGAAGCUUGUCUGCGGGGAACUUGCGAUUCAAGGCAACCCCUUUUCUUACAUCUGCUCCCACGACACGCCACGCAACGACACUCCUUACUAUUCCCUCGAAAAAAUUUGCACGGCACGAAUCGAAACGAGCCACAUGAAUAAUGACCUGAAUUGUAUUCGCAUACCCUUUUCCCGAGAAACUCGCAGAUGUCGAUGACGACGCGUCAUAAAAUCGGUUGAACGAGCGCUUUCCUGCCUGGGUGACGGCGCAUACUAUUCAAGAUGUUGGAAGGACUCGUGGCCUCGCUGCUCAAUCGAUUUCUGGGCAUGUACAUCAGGAAUUUCGACCCCAAACAACUGAAUGUCGGAAUUUGGUCAGGCGAUGUCAAGCUUCGAGAUCUUGAGCUGCGCCGUGAGGCGCUGGACCAGCUGAAGCUCCCUAUCAACGUAGUCGAAGGACAUUUGGGACAGCUCACACUGAAGAUACCUUGGUCGAAUCUUCGGGGGCAGCCUGUUCAGGUUUAUAUUGAGGAUGUCUUCGUGUUGGCUGCGCCGAAGGAAGAUGCAGAGUGGGAUGAGGAGGAGGAAGAACGGAGGAGGCAGGCCGUCAAAAUCGAGAAGUUGGACAGUGCCGAGAUGCUGAAGGACCGCAAUCAGGAAGGCAUGAGCCAGGAGGAACAGCAAAAGAGCCAAAGCUUUACAGAAAGUUUGGUUACGAAAAUAGUCGACAACCUUCAGAUCACGGUCAAGAAUAUCCACGUACGAUACGAAGAUUCGAUAUCCGCUCCUGGGCACCCUUUUGCCCUUGGAUUAACCCUUCAAGAAUUCAGCGCCAUCAGUACCGAUGGAGAAUGGAAACCGACCUACAUACAAGACACUGUUGGGCCCACACAUAAGCUUGCUACUUUGGGGGCAUUGGCAGUAUACUGGAACACAGAUACGCAUCUACUAGGGACAGGACGAGAGGCCGAGGUGCCUGGGGCGGAGGUCGUACCCCAUGAUGAGAUGCUCGUCAAAUUCAAAGAGAUGAUCGUGAGAGGAGAAGAUCCAAACACUGCGAGCCAUCAAUUCAUCUUGAAGCCAGUUAGUGGGCAAGCCAAGAUCGAGCUAGAUAAAUCUGGAAAGAUUGAUAGACCACAUAUCAAGGCUGGACUAGUAUUUGACGAGAUUGGACUUGUGCUUGACAAUGAUCAAUAUCGGGAUGCGCUUAUGAUGGUUGAUUUGUUCCAUUACUUCAUUCGGCACCAGGAAUACAAGAAGUUGCAACCUAAAGGAGUCACGCCAAAGGAGGACCCGAGAGCAUGGCUACAAUUUGCUAGCAAUGCCAUCUUAAGCAAGAUUCACGAUCGAAAUCGGAGAUGGUCUUGGGCCUUCUUCAAGGAGAGAAGGGAUGACAGAAUUCGUUAUAUUGAACUUUUCAAAAAGAAGAAGAAGCAAGAUCCUCAGGCUCAAAUGACCCCCGAAGAAGUUGAAGAGCUCACCAAGCUUGAGUGGAAGCUCAAUUAUGAAGACAUGCGUUUCUGGAGGUCGCUAGCCAGGAAUCAACUGAAGAAGGAAAAUAUCGGAGUGAAGAAAACCGACACAGCCAAGAAGAACCAGGGCUGGAUUGCCUGGGCAUGGGGCUCAAAACCUCAAGAGGUGGAGCAAGAUCCUGAAACCACCAUGACUGAGGAGCAGCGUAAGGAACUCUACGAUGCCAUUGAUUGGGAUGAGAAAACUGCUUUAGCUCAGGCCGUCGACUUGCCCAGAGAGACUGUCAAAAUGCAAAUCGAUGCAUCUCUCAAUACCGGUAGCUUUACGCUCAAACGUGAUCCGCAUGAUAAUGUGGUUGAGGUUCUCAGUCUGUACUUCGACGCUUUCCGAGCCAAGUUCCUCGAGAGACCGGAUUCGUUUCUGGCUGAUGUUAGUCUUGGUGGCUUGAGAGUCAACGAUGGAACGACACCCGAAAGCUUAUUCCCCCAGAUUGUUCGUGUCAAAGAUGCACCUGAGGCUGUGGCUAAGCUCCAGAUGGAUGAGAAUGAGGGUGAGGAUGAGGAAACUCCUGUCGAUCCAUUUUUCCAGUUCCAAUUCGAGAAGAAUCCGUUAGAUGGUGCCAGUGAUCUUGCUCUUACUGGGAAAUUAAAACCACUCGAGAUUAUCUGGAAUCCACAUUUCUUGGUCGGCAUUAUUCACUUCUUCAAGCCUCCUGAGAGACAUAUGGAGUCCAUUGGGGCCUUGAUGGAGAGCGCCGGCACCACCAUUGAAAGCUUGCGACAGCAGACCCGAGCUGGACUUGAGUUUGCCUUGGAAGAACAUAAGACUCUGAAUGCUAAAUUGGAUCUUCAAGCCCCUCUCAUCAUCAUCCCCGAGAGCAUUUCAUCGAAACAGACCGCUUGCUUGAUUCUUGAUGCUGGUCAUAUCAGUGUGAACAGUCAGCUGGUCGAUAAGGACACAAUGAAACAGGUUCAAGAUAAACAACGACGAUCUUACACCGACGAAGACUACAAACGGUUGGAGUCGUUGAUGUAUGAUAAGUUCGUUGUCAAAUUAUCUUCAACCCAAGUUCUGAUUGGCCCAUCAAUUGAAGAGACGAAGGCCCAACUCGACAAGAGAGACGAUUCCAAAUCGAUGCACAUUGUCGAGCAGAUCAACGUGGACUUCAUGGUUGAAACCUCCAUUAUUCCGAAGGCUCCGAACUUGACCAAGGUACGAAUCUCAGGGCAUUUGCCUGUUCUUCAUGCCUCAGUAUCAGACAAAAAGUACAAGAGCUUGAUGAAAAUCAUCGAUGUCGCCAUUCCUAAGCUCGACGAAGAUGAGGAGCCGCCGAAAUCAUCUCGGGAAACCGCUGUUACAAGCAAACGUCCUCGCACACAGAGCAGUGUUUCGAAAAAGUCCGACAAGAAUAUGGAUCGAGCGCAAUCUGUCUCCUUCCAAUUCUCCACCCAAGAAGCCAUAAUUGUUCAGGACGAGUCUGAUGAUGAUGACGAUGAUGGAGCUGAAUUUCAGGACGCCCCUGAUGGAGAUGCCAGUGAGACUCUCAAAGUUCAGCAACGUAAUUUCGAACUGAAGUUCGAGGUUGAUCGCCUACAGGGAUCGUUGUACAGGAGCGACCCAGAGGGUAAGAAGGAAGACCAACUACUGGUGGAACUGGUUGCUGAGAACUUCACGUUGGAUUUAUGUGUCCGGCCUUACGACAUAAUCAUUGACACCUCUCUCGAGUCGCUGAUGGUUGAUGAUUAUGUCGAGAAUCCACCUGCGGAAUUCAAGUCCAUUAUUUCCUCUGGAGAUAAAGAAUCAGAGGAGCAAAAAGACCUCGUCCAGGUCAAAAUCAUCAAAGUCAAAAAGGAAUCACCGGAAUUCAUGCCCAAGUAUGACGGCGUUGAGAUCAAUAUCGAUGUCGCCAUUUCAACAAUCAACCUUGUUGUGACCCGAAAGACUCUUCUUACGUUGUUGGACUUCAUCCUAAUAACUUUCACCAAUAACGAUACUCAAGCCGUGGAGUCUUCACCGAAGGAGAUUAUGGACAGCGAGAACGAGGAACAAAUAGAACCACUAGCAGAAAAAUCGGCAUCAUCAGACACUGGUUCGAUUCGAAUCAAGGUGGACCUGAAGAGUAUCCGUCUCAUACUGAACAACGAUGGCAUUCGCCUAGCGACUCUUUCUCUCAACGCUGCGGAUGUGGGAAUCUUCAUAAUGGGCAAGACCAUGAGAAUUGGCGCCAAGCUGGGCGACUUAUCACUUCUUGACGACAUCAAUCAGGGGGCUUCAAUAGACUCCAACCUACGGAAGUUGAUCACGAUCCAAGGCGACGAUCUUGCAGAUUUCCGUUAUGAGACCUUCGAUUCCGAAAGCGGCGAAGCGUAUCCUGGCUACGAUUCUUCGAUCUAUCUACGAGCAGGCUCAAUCAAAUUGAACUUCUUAGAAGAGCCUUUCCGAAAAAUCAUCGAAUUCCUAGUCAAAUUUGGAAAGAUGCAAGCUAUUUUCAAUUCCGCCAGGCAAGCUGCUGCGAACCAGGCCUCCCAGAUCCAGCAGAACGCUGGUCGUGUGAAGUUUGACAUAAAUGUCAAAACACCCAUCGUUGUCUUUCCCCGGGUAAUGACUGCAGGUCGGAUCAAGAGAGAUCUCCUUAAAGCGUAUUUGGGUGAAAUAUAUGCAGAGAACAAGUUUGUACCUUUGGAUGAUUCGAAGGACGCGGCGAUUGCUAUGAAGUUGUCUGCCGGAAUCAGGAAUGUGCGCUUGACAUCAGAUUUCCAUUUCUCAGAGGACAAGGACGAAGAGCUCGAACUUAUCGAUAAGGUGGAUCUAGGAUUCCAGAUGACAUACGCCGAUCACCAACCUGGCCUCAAGAGACCAGAUAUGGAAAUUAAGGGCAGCAUGACAGACUUCAAUUUACGCAUCACCCAAACGCAACUCAAGUUCUUGCUGGAGCUCGCUAAAUCAGUACCAGCUGCAUUUUCUGUUGACACCGAGGGAAAUGAGCAGGAAGCUGUGGAAGAUGUCCCCAAAUCGACAUUAAAGAAAGCGAAGGCUAUCGAGCCAAAGAAGGAAGAAUCAAGCAACGACAACACACUCGUUGACCUCGGUCCUGAGCUUGGCGUGGAUUCGGAUAGUUGGACAAAACUUGAUCUCGCCUUCCACGUUCGUACAAUUGGUCUCGAGUUGAUACUGGCGAAGGAAGACGAGCCUGUCGGGGAUCUUGACGCCGCCAGUUUGUCAAAGUUUUCGCUCGACGACACCAAAGUGAAGCUUCGGAUGAUGACAGAUGGAUCCCUAGAAUCUGAGCUGCUCAUACAGUCAUUUACCGUUCAGGAUAGUCGAAAUCGGACUACGAACAAGUUCCGAAAGAUCAUGACAUCUCUCAAUAAGGAUGUCCAGCAGUUCAUGGCGAAUGUAACUAUUUCUGGUGGCUCGGAAAGGAACCUCAUCGCGAUUGUGGCUGUAGACAGCCCUCGGGUUAUCUUUGCUUUAGACUACUUAUUCUCGAUCCAGAAAUUUAUCUCAGAAGGCUUCGCCGUGGAGGAACCUGCGAUAGUCGAUGACGAUGAAAGUGUGGUCGAAUCCGCAGCUGGUUCAGACACCGAUUCCGUUGCAACAAGUCCCAGAUCGAGACCAGCACCUAACCGACCAACAUCUCUUGCCAAGACUCCUAGUCAAGAUUCUUCUCAGCCAGAUCAGUCGCCAAUGACCAUUGCUUUCAGGGUCAACGUGGUAGAUGCACAGAUUAUUCUGAUUGCAAAUCCAUUGAGCCCAAGCUCGGAAGCAAUUGUCCUCGGAACAAAGCAGAUCCUCCUCGCUCAGCAGCAUGCUCUAACCCUGCAAGUCUCCAGAAUGGGCAUGUUUCUUUGCCGGAUGGAUCGAUUUGAGGACACUCGCUUGAGAAUUCUGGAUGACUUCUCUGUUCAGAUGUCGAUGGAUAGCUCAAAAAGGGACCUGACGAGUAUUAACAUCGACAUAGAGCCACUUGUUUUGAGAUUGUCACUUCGCGAUAUUCUCCUUGCCCUGCAGAUUGUUAGCAAGGCCUCGGAGCUAUCUGCUAGUGGUGACCACGAGGAAAGCAAAACGAAGGCUUCCGAUCAGAAGGCCAAGCAACUUCGAAGCAGCGACAGCGGCAAUCUUCAACACCGAACAGCCAGCGGUAAAGGCGCCUCAACGAUGAAGAAGAGCAAACCUGCCACAGUCGCUGCAACUCGGUCAAACAUCCAGGCAGCACAAAAGCAGUUGAUCCUAAAGCAUGAAGAGCUCACAGCUACUCUGGACGGGAUGCGAGUCAUUCUCAUUGGGGAUUUGCAUGAACUUCCAAUACUUGAUCUCAGCAUCAAACGGUUCACUGCCUCUGCCAAUGAUUGGUCCAGCAGUCUCCGGGCAGAUACGAACAUUGAUAUGUUUAUUAACAUCUACAAUUUCUCGAAAUCGACCUGGGAGCCGCUCAUUGAGCCUUGGGAGCUUGGUCUCCAAGUUGCUAGAGAGCAGGAACCAGCUCAGAUGUCCAUUGACCUCACAUCUCCAAAAGUGCUUGAGCUCACCCUUACGUCGGCUUCAAUUGCUCUCGCUUCCAAGUCUGCUCAGUUCUUAACACAAGAAGAGGAUGUUCUCUCAAAACCUCGUGGAGCAGAGGCUCCUUAUCGAAUCCGAAACUACACAGGAUUUGACGUUAAUGUGUGGGCAGAUGUCCCAGGAGAAGAUAACAAUAUGGCCGCCAGGUUCCAAGAUGGCGAGGAAGGCCCUUGGCGGUUCGAAGACUGGGAGAAGAUGCGCGAGAACUUGACGCCAGAGAACAAUACGGGAGUGGUGGGCGUCCGGCUUGAGGCGAGUGGGUUUGACAGCGUGAACAAAAUUCCCGUAAAUCGUGAAGGAGAGUAUUUGUACGGCCUUCGGCCUCGCAAAGAUCAAAUCCUCCAUCGUCUCCUAGUGGAGAUCACGCUGGGUACGGAUAACGUCAAGUAUAUUACCUUCCGGUCACCUCUUUUGGUUGAGAACAAAACUCAGAUUCCCGUCGAACUGGGGGUUUUUGACGCACAAGAGGGGCAUCUCCUCAAAAUCGAGAAGAUUGCCCCAGGAGAAAGUCGCCCAGCUCCAGUUGGUGCAGCUUUCAUGAAAUCGCUGCUUGUACGGCCUGAUCAAGGAUUUGGUUAUGCAUGGUCGACGGAAACCUUGUGGUGGAGAGACCUUCUUCAACGACCGACGAGGACUAUUACUUGUAAGGGUGAAACUGACAAAAACACUCCUCCUUUCUACUUCCAAAUGCAUGCCAGCUAUGACAAGGCCAAUCCUCUUACGAACGUCUACCCCUACAUGAAAAUACGACUGUCAGCACCUGUAGAAUUGGAGAAUCUCCUUCCGUACGACUUCAAGUAUCGUAUCUACGAUAAGAACACGAAAAAGGACUGGACAAACUUUCUUCGCAAGGGUGGUCUCAGCCCUGUGCAUGUUGUUGAGCUGUCACAUCUUCUUCUUAUGAGCAUUGACAUGCAAGAUACGCCUUUCAAACCCAGCGAAUUUGCAAUCAUCAAUUCUAACAACCAGGAGGACUUCCGCAAAGAGUCGAUUCUUGUGUGUAAGGACGCCGACGGUCUUUCUCUAAAUCUUCGCCUCCAUUACUACAAGAUACCCGACAGUGGCGGUGCAUUCAGAGUUACGGUGUUCAGUCCUUAUGUCAUUCUGAACAAGACUGGACUUGAUAUCAAUAUCAAGGCAAAAUCGCUGCUCCAACAAGCGAGGACUGCUGCUGGGCAAGGUUUCCAUACAGACUCGGCUACCGAAAGACGCAAAGCUCUACCAUACAUGUUCGCUUUUGGUGCUGAUGACCAACGAAACCGCGUGAUUUUGAAGGUUGGAGAAUCGAAUUGGAGUAGACCACAGAGUUUUGAUGCAAUCGGAAGUACGGUUGACGUCGUCCUGCCGUCCACAACGAAGAACACCGAAAUCCACGUUGGCAUUACAGUUGAGAAUGGGGAAGGCAAAUACAAGAUGACACGGGUAGUGACACUUGCCCCGAGAUUUGUGCUAAAGAAUCGGAUGAAUGAAGAGAUCAACGUCCGGGAGCCUGGAUCAUCAGAUCUCAUGACGUUGAAGCCGGAUGCCCUUCAACCCCUGCACUUCUUACAAAAGAGCACAAUCAAGCAAUUGUCAUUGUGCUUCCCUGGUCUCAACAACCAAUGGUCUUCCCCAUUCAACAUCUCUGAUCUGGGAACUACACACGUCAAGCUUGCAAAGGCUGGUCAACGACAGAAACUUGUGAGGAUCGAAGUGCUGAUGGAGAAUGCAACGGUAUUCCUCCAUCUCAGCGCUGAAACCAAGAACUGGCCGUUCUCUAUGCGGAAUGAGAGCGACACCGAGUUCACAUUCUGGCAGGCAAAUCCGCACAUCGAUGAUGAGGAGGUUGAGGAUAGAUCUGGCUGGCGCCCCGUUCGCUACCGACUACCACCUCGGAGUAUUAUGCCAUACGCGUGGGACUACCCUGCAGCCAAGAACAAGGAGCUUAUCAUCAACGCAAAUGGCAGAGAGAGACAUAUCAAGCUUGCUGAGAUUGGUAACUUGAUCCCGAUGAAGAUACCCGCUCCACACACCGCACCAGGGGCAAGAGAAGCAAAGAUCAUCGAUCUCAACGUCGCGGCUGAUGGUCCAACGCAAACGUUGAUCCUAUCAAAUUAUAGAGCCUCGAAGAGUUUGUACAAGCAGAAGACUCGAUCGGAAUCUACCACCAGUGUCGCUGGAGGUUUUGAGGUGAAGUAUCAAGACACUGGAGUCACUUUCCGGGCACAACUCAAACUUGCCGGAAUCGGAAUCUCCCUUGUGAACGCUCAGCCAAUCGAGUUGGCCUAUGUUACUUUGCGAGAUAUAUCACUCAAGUAUUCUGAAUCGCCACUCUACCAGACGAUCACGGCCGCAAUCACAUGGAUACAGAUCGACAAUCAACUCUACGGAGGAAUCUUCCCUAUGAUCUUGUAUCCCAGUGUUGUCCCGAAGAAUACCAAGGAGACCGAGGCCCAUCCGUCUGUCCACGCAAUGAUUACUCGCGUCAAGGAUGACUCGUAUGGUGUGCUCUACAUCAAGUAUGCAACAAUUCUGCUGCAACAGAUGACUUUGGAAAUUGAUGAAGACUUUGUCUACGCCCUUCUUGAAUUCUCAAAAGUUCCAGGUGCCAGCUGGUCAGAAGUGCACGAAGGAGUGCUCUGCGACGAGAACCUCGACAUCCCAGAACCGAAGCAAGAACAAACGGGUCAAGACAUGUACUUCGAGUUGUUGAACAUCCAACCGAUGCAGCUUGAUUUAUCCUUUGUGCGAACGGAUCGAGUCAAUGCCGAAGACAAAACAUCAUCCAGGAACCCACUGAUGUUCUUCUUGAAUGUUCUCACAAUGGCUAUCGGCAACAUCAACGAUGCUCCUGUGCGUCUCAAUGCCCUGAUGCUCGAGAAUGCCAGAGUUUCUGCAGCUAUUUUGGUCCAGAACAUAUCCAACCAUUACUCACAGGAAGCACUGUACCAAGUACACAAGAUUCUUGGCUCAGCCGAUUUCCUUGGCAACCCCGUUGGGUUGUUCAACAACCUGAGCUCAGGAGUUGCAGAUAUCUUCUACGAGCCAUAUCAAGGAUUCAUCAUGUCCGAUCGACCUGAACAACUAGGAAUUGGUAUCGCCAAAGGGGCGACAAGCUUUGUCAAGAAGUCGGUCUUUGGUGUAUCAGAUAGUUUCUCCAAGUUCACCGGCAGCAUUGCCAAAGGUCUGGCAGAGGCCACCAUGGACAAGCAGUUCCAGGAUCGUCGUCGUAUGACCAAAUCUCGAAAUCGACCCAAGCACGCACUUUAUGGCGUCCAAGCAGGAGCCAACUCCUUGUUUACAAGUGUUGGCAGCGGUGUGGGUGGCCUGGUCCGAAAGCCAAUGGAAGGUGCCGAGCAAGAAGGCCUCGCAGGAUUCUUCAAAGGCGUUGGAAAAGGAGCACUCGGCUUCGUCACGAAACCCGCAAUCGGCGUCUUCGAUCUGGCCUCCAACGUCAGUGAAGGGAUCCGUAACACCACCACGGUCUUUGAUCAGGAAGGCCUUGAUCGAGUGCGUCUUACGCGCUUUGUUGGUCCGGAUGGCAUCGUCCGUCCUUACUCUCAGCGCGAAGCCCUCGGCCAAUUCUGGUUAAAGCAGCUUGAUAAUGGGAAGUACUUCAAUGAGCAGUAUAUCGCUCAUCUCGAGCUACCAAGGGAGGAUGUCGUUGUCAUGUUGACAUACAGUCGCAUCAUGCUCAUCAAGAGCAAGAAAUUGACGACGGAGUGGGAUGUCCCGUUGAAGGAUAUCCAGACCAUUAGUAAAGAGAGGACGGGAUUGAGCUUGACGUUGAGGGGUGGCACAAAUGGACCUUUCGUACCGGUGGCGGAGGAGAGCAGCAGGAAUUUCCUUUAUCGGAAGAUCGGGGUUGCAGUGAACGAGUUUAAUAAGAAGUACAAGGCAACGGAAUAGGAGAUAUUGGUGAUGGGAAAGGAUGAAAGGAGGAAAGGAGGAAACAUGGAUGGGAUAGAUAAACGAAUUUCGGGGGCGAGGUAGAUAUUUGGAGCAUAAACGGAGUUUUUAACUUUGAG